GUCUUCUCCUCUAGAGCGAAAGCCUUGAAAGAUCUAUCCACUCCUAUUAUCUCCUGGGAUCAUGGGCGAGUGAUACUCGAGCGGCACGGGAGAUAGGGGAGGCAAAGAAAGGAUAAAAGGGAUAAUUGCACACCGGCAAAUAAAGAUUCUUAUCGCAAGCGAGACACCAGCACCAAAGCGGCAACUUCAGGCCCCAUGUUGAAGACUCCGAUCCUUCGUGGUGUCUCGACCGUGGUGGAACUGGAAGACAUCAAGGAGCGGCAUCCGCAUACAGCCUUGCUUCUGGAAGGCCUCUGUCAAGAACUGACUGCCCAGUGUAUCCCCGCGGGCUGGAGAUACCACUCUUUUGUUUACGAUCUCGGGAUAUAUCAUAUCGACUUGCUUCGCGAUGGGUUCAAUGCUGAUAGCUGGCUUGCUCGCGCUGCUCUCGUUUCUCGCGAGCAGCUGCAGCGGGCAGUUCGUGGUGCACUCUUCUUCGACUCGGAGGUCUGGCGCCGUGUCAUCUGAGAGCAAGGUGUGCAGUGAGAUUGGGAUCGAGCUGCUGAAGCAAGGGGGGAAUGCUGCGGAUGCGCUGGUUGGGACGACUCUCUGCGUGGGAGUGAUAGGGAUGCAACAUAGUGGUAUUGGAGGUGGUGGAUUCAUGUUAGUGCGGGAUUCUCACGGGAAUUAUGAAGCAAUCGACUUUCGGGAAAAGGCGCCUGCAGCAGCUUAUCAGGACAUGUUCGAAGGAAACGCAAAUGGAAGCGUCUUCGGUGGGCUCGCGAGUGGCGUUCCGGGUGAUGUCCGGGGGUUGGAAACCGUCCACCAGAAAUAUGGAAACUUACCCUGGCGAGCAGUUGUCAACCCUGUAGUCCACGUUGCCAGAUAUGGAUUUCCAGUGACCGAGGAUCUCGUCAGCUACAUGAAUGCUGCAAUGUCAGAAACGAGCCGCUUUUUAGUGGACGAUCCUGUCUGGGCCAUCGAUUUUGCGCCAAAUGGAACCCUUCUUGGGCUCAACGAUAUCCUUACGAGGAAACGAUACGCCGAUACCCUAGAGCAGAUUGCCAUUCAUGGCUCCAAGGCGUUUUACGAAGGAGAGAUAGCAAACUAUACCAUUGCCGCACUCCAAGCUGAUAAUGGUACCAUGACGCUGGAUGACCUCAAAAACUACCAGGUUUCGACACGAAAGCCGAUCAGCAUCGAUUAUAGGGGCUACAAAGUCUACUCUUGUGGGGCUCCCAGUGGUGGAUCCGUGGCAUUAAACAUCCUCAAAAUUAUUGAAGGGUACGAUAUGAGUGACCCCGCCCUCUUGAGGCUCAAUACCCACCGGCUAGAUGAGGCAAUGCGGUUCGCAUAUGGAGCGCAUGCGGAGCUUGGAGAUCCUGACUUCUUCGAUUACAUGGAUGAGUUUGAGGCGAAGAUGAUUGCGCCCAAGACAGCGUCAAGCAUCAGAGCCAGGAUCUCAGAUGACCACACCCAAAACGUGUCAGCCUAUAACCCGAAGAAUUAUGACAUCAAAACAAAUCACGGGACGUCGCACAUAGUGACAGCAGACGACUCCGGCAUGACCAUCACGUUGACCUCGACAAUCAACCUCCUAUUCGGCUCCCAGCUCAUGGUUCCAGAGACCGGGAUAAUUAUGAAUAAUGAGAUGAACGACUUCUCCAUCCCGGGGGUAACGAAUGAAUUCGGCUUUGUUCCCUCGCCAAUAAACUACAUCAGACCCAACAAACGGCCGCUCUCCUCCAUCACCCCGAUAAUUGUCGAGCAUCCCAAUGGCACCCUCUACAUAUCCAUCGGUGCUGCUGGCGGCUCUCGCAUCAUCACCUCCACAGUGCAAAGCGUCUGGCACGUUCUCGACCACGGCAUGACAUUACCAGAAGCGUUGAGGCAGCCGAGGAUCCACGACCAGCUACUGCCAGCUCGAACAACAUUCGAGUACAGUUACGACAACGCCACAGUGGAGAGCAUGAGAGAGAGAGGUCAUAAUAUCAUGUGGGUUGGGGAGCGCGAGAGUGCAGUACAGGGGGUGCGUGUCUUGGGUGAUGGAACCUUCGAAGCUGCGAGUGAACCCAGGCAGCUGAACAGUGGGGGCUUGUCGAUAUAGAAAGCAGUUUUGGAGCAGACAUCCAACUAGAGAUUUUUUUAUAUAUGGAGAGGGUG